AGUGUUGCAUAUGGGUUGAAAUUCUAUGUUGUGCUUCUAAAUACAACACAGUAACUUUUAAAAAUGAUUUUCUUGUUUCAUAUAGCUGUAUUACCAAGUCUUAAAUUUUGCUAUGAUAGUGUCUUCUGCCCUUAUGAUAUGGAAAGGGCUGAUCGUCAUUACUGGAAGUGAAAGCCCUAUUGUUGUGGUGCUCAGUGGCAGCAUGGAACCAGCUUUUCACAGAGGAGACCUGUUGUUCUUAACAAAUUUCCAUGAUGACCCAAUCAGAGCUGGUGAAAUAGUUGUUUUUAAAGUUGAAGGCAGAGACAUUCCAAUAGUUCACAGAGUAAUCAAAAUACAUGAAAAUUCUGUGGCGUACUUCUUGAGACCCUGGCUCGUGUCCCUCAGCAAAGUUGCUCAGGUUCGAAAUAGAGAAAAUGGGAACAUCAAAUUUCUGACUAAAGGUGAUAAUAAUGAAGUUGAUGAUAGAGGCUUGUACAAAGAAGGUCAGAACUGGUUAGAGAAGAAAGAUGUUGUUGGAAGAGCAAGAGGAUUUUUGCCUUAUGUUGGUAUGGUAACUAUAAUAAUGAAUGACUAUCCAAAAUUUAAGGCUGCAGCUUCCCUUUGAAGCCAGGACAUAUCAAAGAUAUAAUUGGCGGAUCUACUGACUUAUUAACUGGAGGCAAAGUGCUCCAUUGAUCCUUGAAGCUGUGGUGACUGGUUCACCUCAGCUCACAUGCUGCUUAGACAUCAAUACUCCCUGGAAAGAAUGACUAUCAUGGCUAUUGGUGUGAAAUACUGUGCAUUGUGUCACUGGAGAAAAUAAAAGAGCAUUUUAAAGCAAAUGCAUACAUCCUAGCAAGGCCUCUGGAUGAUUUUGUGGGUUUUUUUGAGGAAGAUGAAGAUGCUGCAAGCACAGGCAGUAUGUUUUUAACUGAGCAGUUGGGAGUAAGAGAAGCUCAGACUUUGAUUGAAGCUGUUCUGUUUUUUCUUUCCAGUUAGCUGCCUUUUCACAGCUGGGCUAAAAACUGUCCCUGUGCACCUAGGGCUGUGCAGGCUGCAGCACGUGCAGAAGGGGGCCACGGGCAUUGUGGGGACCCCUGGGCUGGGGCCAUGAAUGAGGGCUGGGCACCAGCGCAGACCCUCGGGGUGAGGGUGGGGGCUGGUCCCCAUGACCAUGAACACUGUUGUGCUCGCAGGAAAGGGCUGAGCAGGAGAUUGGCUUCGUUCGGUCUCCUCCACUUCUCUCGUCUCAGCACUUCGGUGUUUGAUGUCAGGGUCUCCAAGGCUGGGGGUGUGCGGGGCAGCCCCAGCGCCGCUUGCUGGGUGCCCCUCUGCUCCUCACAGCCCUUCUGUCUCAGGACACUGAAGGCAUACGAGUCUUGGCUACCAGAUGUUCAGGUUGAACUGCUGCCUGCGUUGGUAGAGGUAAAAUGAGUACAUGGAGUAACUGGAGAGAGAACUCCAGUUUAAGCCGUGUUAGCAAGUCAUUUUUCUCUAUGUUUAAUUGAGAUAUUGAGCAACAGUGAUGAAAAGGACAUUUUCCUCUGCAUGCAUGGAUUUUAUCAGUGUUUCUUUGAACAUCUUAGGGGCCAAAAGCAAACAAAACAUAAGCCACUCACAUGACAAAACUUCAAUAUGUUUCUCUGCUACACAGCUUGGCUUAAAUAAGUAUAUUCCAUCUCUUCUAUCAUCAUUUAUGUUUUUGUACGUAGAACCAACUCUGCUUCUCUAUCAUUUAUGUGUGAAUAUGCUAUCAGCAGAAACAAUAUAUACAUAUGCUAUAUAUAGUCUGUA